AUGAUUCCAGCCCCCGGCCCAAAUACGGGCCCACUGAUGGAACGACGAGCUGACCGCGAGCUGCCAACAGUCAACCCAGCGCGACGCUGGCUUUGGACAUUCCCUAUCUUCGCAGUGGCAGUUGGAGCCGCCAUGUUUGGGAUCUUCAAUUAUCAGAAGUCCUCUUCAAGUGUGGUCAACAGCACAUUGUACGCUCUACGAACAUCUCCACGGGCCCGAGAAAUCCUGGGGGACGAGAUAUACUUUGCGCAACAAAUCCCCUGGAUCAGUGGAGAGAUGAACCAACUACAUGGGCGCAUCGAUAUCUCCUUCUGGGUGAAAGGCACUAAAGCCCAGGGAAAGAUGAGGUUUCGCAGCAUCCGACCAGACCGGAUGAGCUUCUUCCGAACUGAAGAAUGGAGCUUGGAGACCGAAGAUGGGGAUGUGGUGCAAUUGCUAGACAGCGACUUUGACCCGUUCCAACAGCAGUGA